AUUAAUCCUCGCCCACUCCCUCUUUAUUACUUUCUUCGUUUCAAUUCAUUAUUUUUAUUCUUAUCAUCUUUUUCCCUAUUCAUUCAAACAAAGCCUUGCUUGUGUCAUCUUCUUGUUCUAACAUACUCCCAAAUAUCUUUGUUUCACUUUCUCCCUCUAGCAAAACCACAAAAAUAUCUUUGCCCUUUUCAGACAGAGAGAAAAAGAGAGUUUGGGUUGUAAUAAGAUCCACAAAUGGCAGAAGAGGAAAUGAGUUUGAGUGGGGUCAGUGGUGCAUUUCGUCAGGUUCUUUUCAUCUCUGCUGGUGCUAGCCAUUCUGUUGCUCUUCUCUCUGGAAAUAUUAUUUGCUCUUGGGGACGAGGAGAGGAUGGACAAUUAGGCCAUGGGGAUGCGGAGGAUCGACUUUCUCCGACUCGAUUGAGUGCUUUAGAUGGACAUGACAUAAUAUCUAUUACCUGUGGUGCUGAUCAUACAAUUGCGUAUUCAUUGUCAAAUGCAGAAGUCUAUAGUUGGGGAUGGGGUGACUUUGGUAGACUUGGUCAUGGAAACUCUAGUGACUUGUUCACUCCUCAACCAAUAAAAGCAUUACAUGGUCUGAGGAUCAAACAAAUUGCUUGUGGUGACAGCCAUUGUUUGGCUGUGACAAUGGAAGGCGAGGUGCAAAGUUGGGGAAGAAAUCAAAAUGGUCAACUUGGUCUUGGAACUACUGAAGACUCUCCAGUGCCUCAAAAGAUUAAAGCCUUUCAGGGUAUUUCUAUCAAAAUGGUUGCUGCUGGUGCUGAGCAUACUGCAGCUAUUUCAAAAGAGGGUGCCCUCUAUGGAUGGGGUUGGGGCCGAUAUGGUAACUUAGGCUUAGGUGACAGAAAUGAUCGCUUAGUUCCAGAGAAGGUUUCUACUCUCAAUGAAGAGAAGAUGAAUAUAGUUGCUUGUGGAUGGCGGCAUACCAUAUCAGUCUCUGUUAUUGGUGGAUUAUACACUUAUGGCUGGAGCAAGUAUGGUCAACUAGGACAUGGGGACUUUGAGGAUCAUCUUGUUCCUUACAAGGUGGAAGCUUUAGCUGACAGUUCUAUUAAACAGAUAUCAGGUGGAUGGAGACAUACAAUGGCACUCACAUCUGAUGGAAAACUCUACGGCUGGGGAUGGAACAAGUUUGGACAGGUCGGGGUUGGUGACAAUACCGACAUUUGCUCUCCAGUGCAAGUUAAAUUUCCUAAUGAUCAGAAAGUAGUUCAGGUUUCGUGUGGAUGGAGACACACACUUGCUAUUACCGAAGAGCAAAACAUCUUCUCUUGGGGUAGGGGUACAAAUGGACAACUUGGACAUGGAGAAUCUAUGGACUGGAAUUUUCCAAAGAUCAUAGAAGCUUUGAGUGUUGAAGGUUCCAGUGGGCAACAAAUAGAAUCUUCAAAGCUUGACCCAUUGUCAGGUAAAUCUUGGGUUUCUCCAGUGGAGCGAUAUGCAGUUGUCCCUGGUGAAAGUGGACAAACAGUUCAUUCAGAAAAGGGCAAUGGUGGUGACGUGGACGUCCCUCAGAAUGAUGCGAAACGUAUGCGUAUGUGAUUCCUUGAGCUGCCAUUAGAAAACCCUGAAGUUACAGCUUCAAGUGUGAAUGAAGUGAAAAAUGCCAAGCCUCCCAUCCUUUUAGCCUUCCAUUUAAGUUGAUGCCAACAUCUCAAAUAAUAAUGUGAUUGUGUCGUUCCAUACUGCAAGUCCUUGAAAUUUGAUGUUGUUUACUAGUAAGUAGUAUGAUUGUACUAUAUUAUUAACUAAUAGGAUGGGAGUGAAGGAACGCGACAUUACUGAUUAUAACAUAAAUUUCCUUCGUUUUAAAGUCAAGAAAGAUCGAUUCUAAUGCUA